GUCACGCAAUAAACUCAUUAACUCAAUUAUCCUGGUGUUUAUUACAAUUUAUGGUCGCUUGUAAUGUAGCAAAAUUUUUGUAAAAAGAUGAUUCCUAGUUUUCACCUUUUCAAAGUAAAACUUGUACUGGAAGAGAAAGUGGCAAGGAGAAAUUUUCAGUGAAAGUAAACAACAUUUAUUGUUAGUAAGUAUGGAACGUUGGCGAAAUAAGGUGGCUAUCGUAACUGGUGCUAGCUCUGGUAUUGGAGCAGCUACAGCAAAACUUCUCGUCCAAAAUGGUUUACAAGUGGUUGGCGUUGCUAGGAGAUACGAAAACAUCGAAAAUCUCUCAUUAGAACUAAAAAAUCAACCGGGUAAACUACAUUCUUACAGAGCUGAUAUGACCAUCGAAGCUGAUAUAAUCAGCGCUUUCGAGUGGACUGAAAAAAAUAUCGGCCCAGUAGCAAUUCUUAUAAAUAACGCAGGCGUUGCUCGACCAACAAAUAUAAUCGACGGGGAUGCAAGCGAAUGGCGAAAAGUCUUGGAUACUAACAUCUUUGGUGUUACCGUUGCUUUAAGAGAAGCAAUUCGUGUUAUGAGAAAACAUAGCAUCGACGGCGUUAUUGUCAAUGUUAACAGCGUUGCUGGACAUUUCGUUCCUACAAUUCCCCUUAAGAAUGUUUAUCCAGCUUCGAAAUAUGCAGUAACCGCUCUCACUGAAACCACUCGACAAGAAUUAAUUGAAUUAGGAUCUCGUAUUAAAGUUGCGAGUAUUAGUCCUGGAUAUGUUGAAACUGAAAUCGCUUCAAGAAAUGGAUUUCUUAAAGAUAAACAUGUAGCUAAAGUAGAAAAAUACGCCCCUAGAUUGUUUGCUAAUGAUAUUGCUGAAGCUAUUGUUUUUAUAUUAUCUACGCCAGCUCAUGUACAAGUAACAGAAUUAACUAUUCGGCCUGUUGGUGAACCAGUUUAA